AUGAGUGGACAAGCAAAUUUAAAUAUGAAUGGCAAAGAAAAUGACGAGAAAAUUCAAGAGGACAUCAGUACCGAUGAAGAUAUUGUGAAUCCAUGGACAGUAAAAGCUGAAUCAAUGACGGGAAUUGAUUAUGAUAAAAUAAUUGUUCGAUUCGGCUCAUCGCCUCUAACCGAUGACUUGGUAGAAAAAAUGCAAAAGCUGAUUGGUCGUCCGGUACAUCAUUUCAUUCGGCGUCGAAUUUUCUUUUCUCAUCGAGAAUUAGAAACAAUAUUGAAUGCUUAUGAACAGCAGAAACCUUUCUAUUUAUAUACUGGACGUGGUCCAUCAUCAGAAGCUAUGCAUUUAGGGCAUUUAAUUCCAUUUAUGAUGACCAAAUGGUUACAAGAUGUAUUUAAUGUUCCAUUAGUCAUUCAAAUGACAGAUGAUGAAAAGUUUCUUUGGAAAGAUUUAACACCAGAAGAGACUAAUCGAUUAGCACACGAAAAUGCAAAAGAUAUCAUUGCUUGUGGUUUUGAUGUUGAAAAAACAUUCAUCUUUAGUGAUUUUGAAUACAUUGCUCAAUGUUCUAAUUUUUACAAGAACAUUUGUCGAAUUCAAAAAUGUGUCACAUACAAUCAAGUCAAAGCCAUAUUCGGUCUAAGCGAUAGUGAUUCAAUUGGAAAAAUUGGUUUUCCUGCCAUUCAAGCUGCUCCCGCUGUAAGUUCUUCGUUUCCAUUCAUAUUCAAAGAAAGUGGUAAAGAAGAAUUGCGAUGUCUCAUUCCAUGUGCCAUUGAUCAGGAUCCUUUCUUUCGAAUGACACGCGAUGUUGCACCUCGGCUCAAUUUUCCGAAAUGUGCUUUACUUCAUUCAAUCUUUUUUCCUGCUUUACAAGGUGCCCAAUCAAAAAUGAGUGCAUCUGAUGCUAACUCUUCAAUUUUUCUUACUGAUACAGCUGCUGAAAUCGAAUACAAAAUUAAUCAUCAUGCAUACAGCGGCGGAGGUAAAACAUUGAAAGAACAUCGACAAACAGGUGGUAAUUGUGACAUUGAUGUUUCUUAUCAAUAUCUCAAGUUUUUUAUGGAAGACGAUGAAAAACUGAAAGAGUUGAGAAAUAGCUAUUCAUCGGGUGAUUUAUUAACAGGUGAUUUAAAAAAAGAAUUGGUUAUUGUAUUGCAAAAAUUGAUUGCCGAACAUCAACAACGACGAAAAGAAAUAACUGAUGAACAAGUUCAACAAUUCAUGACACCUAGACCAUUAAAAUUUGGAUAA